AUGUCCACCGUUGAGCUUGUCGCCGUCGAGCCCCCUCUCCAGUACUUCAAGAUUGACGGCAUCGUCCGUCCGGAGCCCACGACGCUGGUCCUCCACAAGAACCUGUACGCCGAUGCCCCGACCGACUACAAGAUCACCGACACCCGCGGUGCGACCGUCGUGACCCUCAAGGCCAAGGACCACUCGCUGCGCGACAAGCGCAAGAUCCUCGACGCCACUGGCCAGGAGCUGUACCAGAUCCAGGACAAGCUCAUGUCCAUCCACACCGAGAUGGUCGCCAAGCGCGACGGCAUCCAGCUCUUCAAGGUCAUUGACGAGUCGACCGCCAACUCGGACGCCCGCAUGAAGGUCGAGCUCUCCGAGUACAUCACCAAGAGCGGUGACAAGCAGACCCUCGAGCUCCUCGGCGACUGGUUCGGCGACAACGCUCAGCUCUCCUUCUACGACAAGGACAACAAGCGCCCCGGCCAGGUCAUUGCCAAGGCCUCGCGCAACUCGAUGGAGGUCAAGCCCGGCUCGUACGACGACCAGACCUACUUCGUCACCGUUGCCCCCAACGUCGACCUCGCCAUCAUGGCCGGCAUUGCCGUCUGCUUCGACGAGAUCCGCCGUGGCCUCGAGUACGGCGCUGCCUAA